AUGCGCUGGACUCAGGAGAACGAACAGAUUGUAUUUCCCCUCUACCCUGACUACCAGUUCAAAUCUAACGUGAACCAGCUCUGGAAAACAAUAUUCGAAACCCAAAGCUUCCACAUUGAUUUGGACAAACUCUCCAAGGCCUGGCCCGGCGAAGACAAGCCCAGCCCCAAAGCCCUCGAGGGCCAGCUCUCGAAGUACCGCAAGAAUCUCAAGGGAGACAAUACAAUCACGUUCAGCUUGGGUUCCAAGCGCUCUGCAAAUUCCGAGUCGGGUCCUCCCCGCAAGCGACGCGCGACCAAGAAAGCCGUGGCGCAGGCAGAGGAUAUUGCGAAGGAGACUUCGAAUAAUGCCGAGGAUUUCUAG